AUGUGUUUUAUUUCAGGAACUACUUUUACAAAUGUUUUGAAAAACGAAAGUUAUGAUAUGUAUGAUUGCUUCAAUAUGGCAUAUCAAGAUAAUGCUGUUCAGUUGCACAUACAAGUAAACAGUGAAAACCUGUUAUCAGUUCCACAAAAGUAUAAUGCAGGAUCAUUACGUAUUCCUGCUGAUCCUUCUUGGCCUAAAAUACCACAACGUAAAUUAGCAAGUGAGAUUGAUGAUGCUAUUGAAUCCCCAUGUAUAAUCACUUUAACUGGGACACCUAGAAAGAGUCGCACAAUCAUCCAAACACCAGUAAAUCAAUCUCCAAAGUCUGUUAGAACCAAGGAUAGUGCAUACUCUUCUUUUUGUCAUCAAAGAACUACUUCAAGUAUGCAUACUUUAAAAAGACUUCCUGGCUACGUCGAUCCCCGUUUUAAGAAAGUAACAAAUGUUACGAAGAAUAAGGAUACAUCUACUUCUACAGAACAUCUACAGAAUAAAGAAGCAAAGAAAUCUGUACCUGAGAGAGACACUGACACGAGGCAAAUGGAAAAGCAAGAAGCAGAGAAGCCUCAUGAAAAUGAUAAGUUUGAUAGCAAUCGACAACCAACUUUAGAACAACAGCAAUGUCCAAAUACUAUAGAAUCAGAAAAUCAGGAUAACACUUCAGAAAAUGUUAACAAAAGUAAAAUCAUAGACAAGUGUAAAUGUAUGAAAAGUUCUUCUGAAUAUACAUUAAGGUCAACAGUAAAUGAUGCAAACACUCAAGUGGACAUAACUUUACCAGUGCAAGAAAAUAAUGGACAGUUAUUUUUCGUGCUAGACAAGAAACUUCAAGCAAAUCCUUUAAAUGCAAUACAUAUUGACACAAUUACUAUACCUCAAGAAUAUGUAAAACAGUGUUAUAAUGUACAAGUUCCAGUUCUUACUUAUCAAAACAUACCAUUGCAAGUAUCUGCUGCAGGAACAAAUGUAAUACCGCACUGUUUAAACAAGUCAGAACAAGAAAGCCAAAAUAAAAAAUCAGAACCAUCUAGUCGUUCUACUAACGUAGAAUUAUCAAAUCAAUUUAUACAAACAUCUUUAGGCCAUAUACAACAGAUGGAAAAAUCUUGUAUCACCAAUGAAGAGAAAGAAGAUAUGCAAGAUAGCAAACGGAAAAAUACAUUAAAUAUACAAGAUGCAAAUUGUCUAGAAAAUCCAAAUAUACCUGAAAAAUUAGAAAAUACAGGGAAACAACAAAAGCAACAAGAAUCCAGUGACUCUGAAUAUUAUGUACCUAAUGUGCAUACAAAAAGUAAAUAUACUAAUGCUUUGAGAAAGAGUAUUACAUGUAAUACAAGUGGUGAAGAAACAACAGAUUCUGAGUUUAUUUUACGGAAAGGUGUCCACAGAAAAGAUUUUUUAAAUAAUAAACUUAUAACAAAAGGUGCCAGAAUGAAUACAGACACUAUACAUGGUGAUGUCAAAGUUUCAGUAGAAAAUCAAGAUCAAAUGAAUGUUGCAUUAAAAGAACCUAACAAAAACCAACCAUUACAUAAUGUAUAUAAAAAAGUCAUCCCUGAAGCAAAAACGAGAAAUAAAUCUGAACAAAAUUUACUUUCUAUAAGAAAUGAUUGUAGUAGGAAGCUUUGUCACAAUUCUGAGCCACAUAUUACGUUCAAACAAAAAAAAGUGUCAGCAAAAUUUUCGAGAAAGGCAAGGUCUUAUUUUCAAAAAAACUCUCAUUCAGCGCUGGUAGAUUCUGAUUAUACAUUGAUGUGGCCUCAUUGUCAACAUAGUAAACAUAAACGUAUUCAAACAAAUUCUCAUAGAUCUAAUCAUCAUAAAACAAAAACAAUUGAUCAACAAAUUAUAGAUACUACAAAUUCUAAUGAACACAACUAUGUAGAAAAUAAUGGAAAUAUGGAUUCAAGUCAAGAAGUAGUUAAAAGUUUGUCGAAAACAUGUUUACAAAAAGAAUGCUGUAAAUGUGAAAUGUCUCCAAGAUCAAACACAGACGAUACAAUUGAAAAACCAAAAGGUAUUCCUCCAAAAACUCAAGAACUACUGAAUAAAAGUUACUGGGAAUUCUAUAAUAAAUUAAGACACAAAAUAAAAGAUACAAGUAAUAUUGAACAACAAUAUCCAUAUCAGCUUACAAUGGAUGCAUCAGAAAAAAUAACAAAAAGGAAAUCAAAUGAGGCAUAUAAUAAGGAAUUAAAAAAUCAAUUAAAAUUAAAUCCUGAACUGCAAACAUUACAACAGUGUUCAGCUCUUUCCAGUAUGAUUAACAAAGCAUUAGACACGAAUCUUCAGUCCGAUAUUAUGCAAACAAAACAGUUAUAUGUAAACGACAAUAUGAAAUCAUCAUCAAAUCCUACAGGGUGUAUGCAAAAUGUUAAUAUAAAAAAAAUGGUUUCAAGUUUGAAUAAUGAUGAUCCUAUGCUUAAUAAAAUAAAAUGCAGACCAAGUAACAUACAUGACAAACAAUUCUUGGAGCUUAAAUCUAUCAUCUUUUUUGGUGGCAUGAUGUAUAUCCUGAUAAUAUUUCUUCCAAUGUUAUAUGAUUAUUUUUACCAUGAAGACUAUAAUGAUUAUGAAAAUUUGAGUUACUUAGAAUUGAUAGUGGAAUAUGUUUUAUCCUCAUUCAAAGAAGCAUUUGGUGAUAUUUUCAAUGGUGUAAAGCAAAUCUUUUUCUAUCUACAUUCAUGUAAGAAAUGCACCAAUACACCAUAAAAUUAGUAAUGAUGUGUGCAUUAUGUAGAAGCUUAACAAUAUAUUUUAAUACGGUUUGGUCUUUGUUUAUUAGUUAACAUUUAUUUUUAUAUUGAGCAAGUAUUUUUGUAAUUGAUU